GGAUCAUAAAAAUCUGGAAGGAGCAAAAGCAGGAUAAGAUUAUAUAUAGUUGCUUCAAACAUAUCUGAAACCCUGUAACGGAAAAAGCAUAUCUGAAACGCCCACAACAUGAAGACACAGCAGGGGACUGAAAGGAUAAACGAAGAAGGUGAAGCUGAAACCAGGGUGGAGACUGUCGAUCACCGGACAUCAGCCGGGCAAGGCGAACCCACCGAUGAGAAAGUGGGGGUGGUUCAUCUUAAGCGCAACACGAGGGAUUCUGGCAGUGGAGGUGGAAUUUUGUCUAGUGCAGCUGCCGCAGUGACUAACACCUUCAAGUCUGCAAAGGAUGCCAUCAUGGGCGGUCGUGGCAAAGAUAACACCACCAAAUGAUCAUGAUAUCACCAUCUUUCUGUGUGUGUGUGUGAAAUAUAUGUAGAAAAUGAAAUUUAAGAAAUAAAGUCAUGUUUCUUAAUUGGGAUCUUAGUCCGUGCUUUGAAAUCUUUUUAUGCAGAUAUUUUGAAGUAUCCCGUUCG